AUGCACCACACAUUGGUGUUCCACUCAGCAUCCACAGAGAUGGGGACUUUCCCGUGGCUGAUGCUACUGUUCCCAGGUCUGUGUGGUGUCUCCUCCUCUGUGCUACGUCAGUUCCAUGUGGUGAAAGAGGUAAAGACCUGGGCAGACGCUCAGCAGUACUGCAGGGAAACAUUCACUGACCUUGCCACCAUAGACAACAUGGUAGAGAUGGAGAACUUAAGGAGAAUAAUUCAGGAAGAAGGUAUUAAACAAGCUUGGAUUGGGUUGAACUACGGUAGCAGUCCCAAAUGGCAGUGGUCUCUGGCUGACAGGGAUUUCUAUGGGGAGAAUGAGGCUGAGUUCAGGAACUGGGCUCCAGGACAUCAUGGUGGGACAGUUGUUGGAGACUGUGUGUUGAGUGACUUGAACGGGGAGUGGUUUGAUGACGGUUGCGGAUAUCAACAUCCCUUUAUCUGCUACGAUGGCAGGAACUCCACACACCCCCAUGUGCUGAUUGAAGAUGGGAAGAGGUGGGCAGAUGCUCAGAGAUACUGCAGAGAGAAUCACACAGACCUGGCCAGUGUGAGGAACCAGACAGAGAAUGACCUUAUAGAAGCCAUUUUAACACCAGAAGUGCAAAUAGCCUGGAUAGGCCUGUUCAUGGAUAGCUGGGAGUGGUCAGAUGGCAGCAGCUCUUCCUUUCGCUACUGGGACUCUGGACAACCCAAUAACCCUCAGGAGGAAUGUGUUGAAGUGCACUCCUCUGGUCUUUGGAAUGAUAAUAGUUGUAACAAAUGUCAAAACCUUAUCUGCUAUGAAGACAAUCUGGUUCUGGUUAAUCAGAGUAAGACCUGGGUGGAGGCUCAGCAGUACUGCAGACGGCACCAUGUGGACCUGGUGUCUGUGUCCUCUGAGAAGAUCCAGCGCUGGGUGGAGGGGUGGGCCAAAGUAGCCUCAUCUUCCCACGUGUGGCUGGGCUUGCACUACGACUGCAACUUGGGCGUAUGGUUGUUGGUCAGUGGAGUCACAGCCUCCUAUGACAACUGGGCCUCAGAUGCAGAGAGAGAGGGGGGCUGUUACUACGGUGCAACAAGGGGGGGAGCAGUGGGAAGACAUGGGGGCAAGUGGUUCAGUAUGGAAGAGAAUGGAAAACUCAACUUCAUCUGCACCAAAGAGGCCCCCUCAGUGUGGAGAACACAGAUAGUGAGAGUGACUCUGCAAAUGGCAUCUCAUGUGGACGUGGAAGAUCCUGAGAUGCAGGAGGCCUUCCUACAGCAGAUUGCACAGCGUCUGAAGGACAAGGGAUUGCCUGCAAAUACCCAAGUGAGCUGGAGGAAGCAGGUGGAUGGAAAGGUGUUCCACAAGCAGAAGGAGGAGGUCAAGAAAAAGCAGAAGAGAAAUGAGCUUUAA